UCGUUCACGUUGUAGUUGUAAUUUUCCCUUUUCUGUCAAAUUUAAAUUACUCGAAUUAGAGAAAAAAAAAUUUUAAAGACUUUGUUUUUUAAUAGGUAACGUUAUAUAAUGUAAUUUAAAUAAGGAAAUGAGUAUACGCGUUAAAAAUAAGUAACAAAAAUUUUGCCAAAUAUCUAGGCAUGUGUAAAUAAUUGUGUUUUGUCGCAGUAGCAACAACAACAAGUGCGGGAGUAUUUUCUAUUGUGCCAAAGAAGAGCCAAUUUAUUAAGUGAAGAAGAUAUUUAGUUAAAUAAUUUCGAGAAGAAAAAAGCAGAUGUAUAUGAUUUGUGUGAAAAAUAUGCUUAUUUUGGUUGAGAGUGUGUUCGUUCUACAAUGUAAUGCGGUCAGUGUGUGUGGAAAAUCAUAUGAAAAUUAAUUAAGCUUGUGUCGCAAAAUUUUCUGCAUGCAAUUGUUUAUUUUUCAAUUGCCUUUCGUCAAUAUUCGUUCAAGCAGCUGUUUAGUAUUGAAACAGUGGUGGCAAUUUAACACACGAAAAACGCCUAAAAGUGUAAAUCAACGUAAUCGAUCUUUUACAAUUUUCAGAACAUAAAAUUAAGAUUGAAAAUCCGAAAUAAAUAACGAAAAAACUAUUUUAAAUCAUAUAUCUAUAUAUAAAAAUAAUCCUAAAUUGUGAUCAAUCAGAGCAAAAAGUAAAUUCUCCGCUAAUAAACUUAAAAAACGAAAAAUAAAAUCGGUUUUAUUCGGAAGAAAUAUAUCGAUGUUUUACUUGGUUUCGAAAAAGUUUAAUUUUAAGUAAAUUAAUAAAAAAAAGUGAAUAAGUUGAUAAGUGUUUGGAAAGUAUGAGUGAUAAAAAUAAAAAUUCCGCUGAGGCGGUUACGAGUGAAAGUAAUGAUAAAAAUAUAAUCAAUAUUGCGAAACCUACAUCUAAUGUUACCACACCAACGUCAUCUGUAACCAAUAUACCCGUCAGUAAGCUAAAAGCCCCAACAAAUUUCAACAGUUCAACGGGAACUAUCUCGAAAAUCGGUCGUCCAUGCUGUCAUGCAGAACCAAAGACUGGCCCACCACCAAGAGAUUCAACCAGUAUGAGUCGUGAAAGCGAUGACAAUCUCAGUUCCAUCAAUUCGGUACAUACGGAUUUGUAUCAAGAGACUGUCAGACGUUUUACACGAUCGUCUUUGUCGCCGGAAGUGGACAGAUAUUCACCUAUGCGUUAUUCUUUUCGUGCGUCUGCCAAUAAACAGAAUUUUGAUAUCAAUCGUCGACAAUCUUACGAUUUGUAUCUAGAGGCCACUGGCCGACGACGAAGUUCAGAUCAUGGAGCGAUUUUAACGCAUGAUACGGAACAGUUUAUAAUUGGCCAAAGAGUCUGGGUUGGAGGUAUAAGACCUGGGCAGAUUGCCUAUAUCGGCGAGACACAUUUCGCACCCGGCGAAUGGGCCGGUGUGGUAUUGGAUGAACCGAACGGUAAAAACGAUGGUUGCGUGGCCGGAAAACGUUACUUUCAAUGUGAACCGAAACGAGGCAUAUUUUCACGUUUAACACGUUUAACAUUGAGCCCAUUGCCCGGAGCACAAACACUGGCAUCGCCGUUGCAAAAAAAUUCGCCAGAACGUUCACGUACAGUCUCACCUACCGCAAGCACACGCAGCUCCUUUUUACGCAUCCCGGGCAAAAAUGGUUUAACUGUGGGUGAUCGUAUUAUUGUGUCUUCCGGCUUUGGAAGCCGGCCUGGUAUUUUGCGUUAUCUUGGCGAAACACAAUUUGCUUCGGGAAAUUGGUGCGGCAUAGAAUUGGAUGAAGCAACCGGUAAAAAUGAUGGCUCUGUGGAUGGCAUUAGAUAUUUCGAAUGUAAACCUAAGUAUGGCGUUUUUGUGCCAAUCGCAAAAGUUUCGCUGUCCCCGUCAUCGAAAAAGACUCGUCUCUCCCGAACGGGAUCGCGUGAGUCAUUAACUUCAGUGGGCACUUUUAACAGCAUUGCUUCCACAAACACCUCACGUUUACGCUUGAACUCUCAGCGAAAAUCCCCGUCAGCCAAACCUGUUGUUGUAACCGCGCCAAAAACUCAAUUUUCUAUGCAGGAUCUGCUGCGUGAGAAGCAAUCGCAUAUUGAGCAGUUAAUGAUCGAACGCGAUCUGGAUCGUGAAGACUCACAAAAUCAAGCCUUACAAUAUCAGAAAAAUAUAAAUGAGUUAAAAACUCGCGUCGUACAUUUGGAACGUCAGUUAAAAGAAGAGCGUAAAAGGGCAGAAGAUUUACAAUUUUCCAUAGAUGAGGUCACAUUCUGUGGCGAUGAAUUAAAUGCGCAGACUCAAGUCUACAAAGAAAAAAUACAAGAUUUGGAAAAUAAAAUCACCGACCUAAACUCAGGUAAACCUUCCUCCGAAGAGCUAUUAUCCAUCACUACAUCUGCCCAAGGACUACAAGAACAGAUAAAGGAAGUGAAUAAUAAGUUGACAGCACAAGCCAAACUGCAUGAAAAUCAAUUAAGAGAACUUAACGAAGAGCAACGGCGUUUACAGGAAAAUAUCAAAUAUUUACAACAACAAAAUGAAGAUUUGCAAAAAGAACUUGUGCUUAAAGAUGAAAGCUUGGAGAAGUUCUCUCUGUCGCAAUGCGGUAUUGAGAAUAUGCGCAAAGAAUUGGAUUUACUUAAAGAGGAACAUGAAAAGGAACGAAUACGCAUUAGGGAAGAUUACAAUUUAAAACUUGAAGAGAAGGCUUUACUAAAUCGACAUUUAUCCGAGGAAAUAACAAAUUUAAAGAAUAUUAGGGAAUUACAAGAAAAUAAUCGGGCCAGAGUAGAAGAAGAAUGCAGGCUAUUGCACGAAGAUUGCAAAGCUCGUAACACUGAAAUAGAUAAUCUUAACGAGAAGAUAGCGAAAAUGUCAUCAGAGUUGGCGAUGCGGAAAGCUGAUUGUUUCACAUUAGAAGAAUUGCUCAAAGCUCAACAAUCAGGCAAUGCCGAGGAGAGGUCGUUAUAUGAAAAACAAUUAAUGGAAGUUGCCGAACUGAGAAAAGACAUCAAACGGCUUAUUGAUAAAAAUUCUAAACUCGAAAUACAUAUUCAAAAUCAAAAUGAAGAAUUAAAAAAUCUGAACGAAAUUAAAGCCACCAUAGAAACUAAAUUAUCGGGAUUAGAAGAAGAAACCGUGAAGACUGUGCAAGCUUUGGAAGCAACUUUAAAUGAUUUUCAAUCAAAAAACCAAACACUCAUUCAAGCAAAUGAAGAACUAAACAGAAGACUGGAAAAUGUUACGCAAGCCCUUGAAGAUGAAAAACUAUGCAAAGAAAGCCUUUCAGCCGAACUCAAGCAAAAGGAUGCUAUAAAUUUUAAGACAACGGAAGAAUUAACCGAAAGUAAAUUUGCAAUUUUACAAGUUCAAAGUCAACUGGACGAAUUGAAAAUCACAUCUGACCAAGAGCUUGCCAGGAAAGGGCAAGAAAUUGAAAGACUAGCGAACAUUGUGGAAAUUUUGGAAAAGAAAAAAACAGCACUAGAAGACGAAUCUUCUACAAAUAUUCAACAGUUAAGCGCCAAGACGAUGAGUUUAGAAAAGCAAACUAAAAUCUUAGAAGACGAUUUAAAAAAGUCAGCUGUCAUGAUAGACGAUCAACGACAACGCAUUGCACAGCAGGAUGAAAUCAUUAAAGAAAAGUCAUCGGAAUUGCAAACAACUGUCGCAGCCCUGGAGACCCUAUCCAAAGUUAUGGACAAGCUGAAAGAGGAACACGAAAUUGCGGUAAAUCGGAAAAAUGAUAUCGAGAAAGAAUUGAAGAAAAGCGAAGAGCAUAAGGCCCAAAAUGAAUUAAAUAUAGGCGAUCUAACUCGAAAACUCGAAACCUCUACUAACAAAUGCGAGACUUUAUUGUCUCAAAAUGAAACUUUGCAACAAGAUUUACUUGCUGCCAGAUCGUCUUGCUCGACUAUGCAAACCGAAAUGAAAAAACUAAAAGAUGAGAUUAUUUCGAGGCAAGAUGAUCACUCAACUUUAGAAAAUAAAGCCGUUGAAGAGCGCAUGAGAAUGCAAGGACAAAUUGAAGAAUUACAACAAACACUUGCAUACAAGACGAAGCGUUGCGAUGAACUUAACGAAAUUAUACAAAAAGGUAAGGAAGACCUCGCAGCAAAAACGCAAGAAGUCAAUCAAUUAGAAGAGAAAUCUAUUAAACAAGAACUUACGAUAAAGGAUCAUCAAAGGCAACAAGAGAAUUUGCAAACAAAAUAUGAAGCCUUGCUGAAGCAAAAUGAAAGCCUGCAGAAUGAUCUCAUUGUUUUAAGGACUUCAACUACAGAUUCGAAUUCUGAGCUAAUGAAACUUUCACAACAAAUUGCAGCGCAACAAAAAGCUUACGAUCAAUUGCUAGAUAAGGGAAAUUCUGAACAUAGCCUCUUAGAGAGCCAGUUGCAAGCUGGCCAACAACGAAUAGAUACACUUUGCAAUCAAGUAGAAGUUUUGACUCGGGAACUUAAAGAAACCCAUGAAGAAAAUCUUAAAUAUGUAGACCUUUUGAAGGAGGAGCAAGCAAAAUGCGGUAAACAAGAGCUUGAACUAAGUGAUCUUACGCGUAAAUUGCAAAGUUCCAGUGCAAAGUGCAAUAAUCUUGAUGCUCAAAACAGUAGCCUGCAGAACGAUUUAAGUCUUUUACGUGCCUCCUCUUCCGAUUCGAAUACAGAGAUUUUGAAAUUUACCGAAAAGUUAGCCGCAAAACAGAAAGCCCUGCAGCAGCUUGAAGAUAAAGCGAACAAAGAGCGUCAUUCCCUGGAGAAUCGCGUUCAAGAAUUACAACACACCGUAGAAGUUCAUCAAGCAGAAACCGAUAGCCUGCGCAGCAAACUAAUCGAAUUCGAAAAUUCAAAAUUAUCGCUAAGCAGUGAAUACGAAAGCAUGAAAAAUGAAUUAUUAACCAAAGCACAAAGAGAUCUUGAGGAUUUAAAGGCUGCAGAAGCUUCCAAGCAAAAAUAUCUUAGCGAAACUUUUGAAACGCAAUUAAAGGAAGCAGAGCAUCAUAAUCAUACGCUCAAUGAAACACUUGCCACUUUCCAACAACAAAUGCAAACAUUACAAAAUGAAUUACAUAAUGCGCAGACGGAAUAUAAAGCGAAAGAGGGGGAAAUGCAAAAACAACUUGAGACAUAUCAUACGGAGAAGCAACAGUUAAUGUCACACUUAGAGAAGACACAAACCGACGUGAAACAUUCUGUUAAAACGUUACAAGAGGAAAAGUCGCAUUUGCAAGAAAAUGUGCAAAAACUCACUUACGAUUUACAAGAGAAGGCAACUGCCUUGACGCAAGCGCUUCGUGAAAUCGAGCAAAAUCGCGUUUUAAAAUCCACUACCGAUACUCAGCUCGAAAAGGAAAUAAAAAAAUUACAAGACAACUUAGACCAGGUAAGUGGCGAAAGUGAACAAAAGACUAACUUACUCGAGGAGAAUAGGAAGAAGAUUGAUCAAUUGAUAUCGAUGUUAGAAGCCAUGAGAGCUUCGAAUGCGAACAUAUCAGCCACAAAUGCGGAAUUAUCUCAAGCAUUAGAGUUACUGGAACAGGAAAAAUGUGAGACAGCCAAUAUAUUCGAAUUGUUCGAAAUGGAAGCGGAUCAGAAUAUGGUUAAACUUGUUGAAAAAUUAGCAAGCUUAAAACAAGAAUUAAAAGACGCCCGAGACCAGUUGCAACUUAAAAAUACCCAAGCGGAUAAAUAUGAGAAGCAAAUAGCGGAAACGAAUGAACGCCUAAACAAAAUCGAGCAAUCUUUUAGCGAGACACGUUCGGAUUUAUUGGGCAAAACGAACGCAUUGGAAGAGCUGGAACGAGUGAAGAAAGAAUUGCAACAGCGUGUCGACGAAUUGGAUAUCAAAGCGAAACAAAAAGAUGAAUUACAAUUACAGUUGGAAGAAUAUAAGAAUAUCGUCGACGAGAUAGACGGUGUAUCAACGGAAAAAUCUACACAACUUGCUCAACUUCAAACGCAUAUUCAACAGUUAAGGGAUGAAAAAUAUAAAAUUGAAAUCAAUGAAAAAUCGCUAAAAUCGGAGAAUGCAAACCUGCAACGUAAACUUGAAGUGAUGGAUUUGGAAAAGAAUCGUGAGAUAACAACAUUACAAGAACAUAUCAGCCGAUUGCAAAAGAUCGAGAAAUUAAAGCAAAGUGGAACAAUUGGAGAUGCCGGCCAAUCGAAUGAAUCGAACAUCAAUGGCGACAAUACGGCCCAAAUUAAUUUCCUUAAUUCUAUCAUUAUUGAUAUGCAAAGAAAGAACGAUACUUUAAAAGCUAAAAUCGAAGCUCUCGAAUGUGUGACAACAGACUUUACCAAGCCGCAUGCCUUCGAUCUAAUAGCAAAGCGAAAACCCGCACCUCGGGUAUUUUGCGAUAUUUGCGAUGAAUUUGAUAAACACGAGACAGAAGACUGCCCUCUACAAGCUUCCGAUGAUAGGCAGUACUCGCCGCCACCACGUGCGGAAAAAAAUAACAAUGAUCCGGCCGGUAGGAAAAAUCGAAAGAUACCAGAGCCUCGCAAAUAUUGUGAAUCGUGUGAAGUUUUUGGCCACGAGACGGGAGAAUGUGACGAUGAAUGCUAUUAAUGUGCAUACAUAGGGAACAUUUAGUUCAACAAUUUAUUUAUAUAUCUAAUCUCUUAAUAUAUUUUUUUUGUUUUUCUUCGUAUUCGUGUUAUUUAUGCCCCGAUUUACCCCUUAAGGAGCGAUAGUGUUUAAUUUCUCCAUAAUUUUUUUUGUACACUUAUAAUAAUGUUCCCCUUCCUUUUUUUUGCUUUCAAUUGCCAGAUAAUUGAAUUGUUAUACAUUUUUGUUAAUAUAAAUGUUGCUUUAAUUGUGUAUCAACGAAACUAUUAUUAAACUUAACAAAAAUAUACCUUUGUAUGUGUCUUAAGUA